AUGAAGAUCGCACUUGCUGGGUUCGGAUCGGUGGGGAGGUAUUUUGCGGAGGUCAUCGGCCUGACUUCGCACAGCCUUGUGAUCCUGACAGGAAAGAGGAAAGACUACCCCGGGCAUCAACACCUCGAGCAGCGGGUAACAAAGUACACUGCUGACGACCUAGAGUCGCUUCUCGAGGACUGCGACGCCGUCAUUUCGACAAUAGCUGGACCCAACGACUUCUUCGUGCGGGCACAUUUGGCACUACUCGAGGCCUGCACACGUUCACCAAAGUGCAAACGCUUUCUGCCUUCAGAGUUCUCUUUCAAUAUGAAGGAUUUCCCUGAUGUACCGAGCUAUCUCUCCGAGGCUCGCAUAGCUGUACGAGACGCACUUCGAUCCCAGCAGGAGGUGAAGUGGUCCAUAAUCUGCAAUGGCUGGUUUAUGGAUUAUCUACUGCCGUCUUCGCAACGGUAUAUAGAAGAUCUGGGACCGGCCUUCGCCGUGGACGCCAAUCGGAGAGCAUUUGAUUACUAUGGUGACGGCCAGGCAAAAAUUAGUCUCACCUCUGCAAGAGAUACAGCACGUGUUGUGCUUGCUCUUAUUGAAGGGAGCACCGACGAAUGGACGGAGUUCAGCUUUUUUUCGGCUCAGACAUUGACAUGGGACGAACUAUAUCGACUGCUAAAGCACCAUGACGCCACUUAUCAGAGGAAAAAUGUAUCUAUAACGCAAGCGGUGCAAGCGCUUGUCGAGUCAAGGAAUGAGGAUGACCGUAUCGUUGCAGACCUGAGAAUCUUGGGGUUCACGCGCGCUGGCGAAAUUCCACAAGCAGAAUCCCUGAAAUGGAACACCGGAAUUUUGACAAGCAUCACUGGCAGAGAUGUGGACACGUUUCUUGGAGAAGCUGCUGAACACAGAGACAGAAUCAUAUAG